GGCCGCGCCGCCGCCUUCCUGUUGGGGGCCGGCUGCUGCGCGUCGCCCUCUGCCUGCUGUGCUGGGCCUUGGCGGCUGUGGACGCCGUCCCCGAGCUCGGGCUCUGGUCAGAGACAGUCAACGAAAAAUCAGGACCUUUGAUAUUUAGGAAAACUAUGUUUAACUCUACUGAGAUCAAGUUUUCUGUUAAGUCAUUCAGUUGUUCUGGGCCUGUGAAGUUUACCAUAGAAUGGUAUUUGAAGUAUCAUACCUGUCACAAUGAAUAUUAUACACUGGAUGAGCUGUCCCAAAAACAUGAACUUCAUGACGAAGACUUCUGCAGUCAUUAUUUCAAGAGCAUUGAAUGUUGGACAACAAGAAAUGAAAAUUUAUAUUGCAACAGUGAUUUACAGGUGUUUCCUCCAUUGACUAACAAAGAAUUAAUAACAAAUACCAGGAAUGUUUCAAACCAGGAGGGAUCAAUGGAUGUUGUAGCCAAAACACAGCGAGCUGGAUAUCAUAUCUUUAUUGUUUCUAUUAAAACAGAAAAAACAGAUGCAAGCUGGAAUUUGAAUGUUUCUCUUUCUAUGGUGGGACCUCAUGGAUAUAUCUCUGCAUCAGAUUGGCCUCUAAUGAUUUUUUACAUGGUGAUGUGUAUUGUUUACAUAUUAUAUGGCAUACUCUGGCUGAUGUGGUCUGCCUGUUAUUGGAAAGAUAUAUUAAGAAUCCAGUUCUGGAUUGCAGCCGUUAUUUUCUUGGGAAUGCUGGAAAAGGCAGUUUUUUAUUCUGAAUACCAAAACAUUAGCAGCACUGGACUGUCAACCCAAGGUUUAUUGAUAUUUGCGGAGUUGAUAUCUGCCAUUAAGAGGACGUUGGCUCGCCUCCUUGUGAUCAUCGUGAGCUUGGGCUAUGGCAUCGUGAAGCCUCGUUUAGGAACAGUCAUGCACCGGGUGAUUGGAUUGGGACUUCUUUACCUUAUCUUCGCAGCGGUCGAAGGCGUGAUGAGAGUCAUUGGGGGUUCCAAUCAUUUAGCUGUUGUUUGUGGUGAUAUUGUUUUAGCAGUUAUUGACUCCAUUUUUGUAUGGUUCAUUUUUAUAAGUUUGGCACAAACUAUGAAGACUCUAAGGCUGAGAAAGAACACAGUGAAAUUUUCAUUAUACAGGCACUUCACAAAUACUCUGAUCUUUGCCGUGCUGGCCUCUGUAGUGUUCAUGGUGUGGACAACUAAGACAUUUAGAAUUGCAAAAUGCCAAUCAGACUGGAUGGAACGCUGGGUUGAAGAUGCAUUUUGGAGCUUCCUUUUUUCAGUUAUCCUUAUCGUGAUAAUGUUUUUGUGGAGACCGUCAGCAAAUAAUCAGAGAUAUGCCUUCAUGCCCUUAAUAGAUGAUUCCGAUGAUGAAGUUGAAGAAUUCAUGGUGACAUCUGAAAAUAUAACUGAAGGAAUAAAGUUAAGAGCCUCAAAAACAGUUUCUAAUGGAACAGCCAAACCUGCUACUUCUGAUAAUUUUGAUGAAGAUUUGAAGUGGGUGGAAGAAAAUAUUCCCUCUUCGUUCACAGACGUAGCUCUUCCAGUGUUAGUAGAUUCAGAUGAGGAAAUCAUGACCAGAUCUGAAAUAGCUGAAAAAAUGUUCUCUUCGGAAAAGAUUAUGUGAUUGAAACUCGAUGAAAGAAACCUAGUUAAUGGUGAGGCACUGUUUUGAUUCAGCACAGGCAAUUUCUACUGUGUUACCUUGGAGAUCCGUGUAUUAAAAUGAAGGAUUCAGGUGGUGGGAGGGUUUUGCAACACUUUUAAAGUGGACUCUUUAUGUUGGUUUAAUGUUUGUUAAAUUGCCUGGCUUUGGAAGUAAUCUGAGGAAAGUAUUAUAAUAAGAAUAUGUGCACAAAUGCCUCUUAGCUGAUAGGCAUAUAAUCUGGAUUCUCUCUUUUCUCUUGAAAAUAUGAUAAUUCCAGAUUUAAAAAAAAAAAAGCACUCCUAUUUAUUCCGCUGAGAUAGAUAAUGUGAUUCUUCUGAAGCAUAGUAUAUCAGUGUCUCCAUCUUGUGAGUUUAUAGCUACUAGAUGCAAUUAUUAUUAUCAUUAAUUUUCUUUGACUUUUAUACUGAAGUGAUUUGAUGUUAGAACACAGGCAUGUUUAUAUGUUUAAGUUUACCUUAAAAACAAAGACCUGUUUUUAAGUAUCGCCGAGCACAUCAGAUCAUGGAGGUGGGUCUUCUCUGAGCUCAGGGGUACACAAGUGCACAGAAAGAGAAGGCAAAAGGGUCACCUGCAAAGGUUCAUUCCACCACUGUCCCCUCACUCGGGCCGUGCGUACAUGUGCUGCUGCUGAGUCUGCUGGGGCCAGGUGGGGGAUGCCUGGCCUCAUGGCUCCCCCUGAGCACUUCCCACUGGCAGGCUGGGAGACUCAUUACCAGUGAACUUUGUAGAAACAAUAACUGUACCUUUAAAGAUUCUUGGCAUAUUCUGUGUCAUAAUAAAACACAUAUUUAAUUGUACAACACA